UUACUGUGUAAUCGACUGUUGAAAUUCCAAUGCUAAGCAACUUUAGCCAGCGUGCUAACAUGUAAAUUAGCCAAUGUGUAGAACUAUAUAAUGUGCUGCGCAAUCCCGAAUUCAAGCGCGUGAAUGAUAUUUAUUCCCAAAAAAUAGGCACAUUUUGAAAUUUGCCUUGAUGUUUGCUACUGCGCGUGUCUCGGCUCCCGCAACCAACAUGUCCAGUUAGCCCGAACGCAGCAUUCGGUGGGUAACGAACCUGGCGAGCUAGCCAAGAGCCCAUUUGGACUGUGGCUGUGUGGAGGGAUCUGAAGCGGUUUCGUCGCUCACAGGACAAUAAAGCCGGAUGCUGUGACUACAAUGAGUCCCGGAGGCUGCCCCCAUGUCAAUGGCUUCAAAGUGGACAACUGGAAGCAGAACCUGAGGCUCAUUUAUCAGUGUUUCGUGUGGAGCGGUUCCGCUGAGACCAGAAAACGCAAGGCCAAGUCAUGUAUCUGUCACAUGUGCGGCGCCCACCUCAACAGACUCCACUCCUGCCUCUACUGCGUCUUCUUCGCCUGCUUUGCCAAAAAACAUAUCCACGAACAUGCCAAGAGCAAAAGACAUAACCUAGGUUGGUAUUUACUUUAGAAACACACACAGACUGUCUACUCAGUGUCAUGCAAACAUGUGAAGCCAUCUCUUGUUUCUUUAAAUUUUGCUUUUAAGGAACCAAACUUUGUUGUGAUCUUUAAAGUGUUCCUGAGCAAACGUUUCUCAGGCUUUCUGAAGACCUAUCAAGGUUUUUUUGUUUCAUCACUAAUGUAAUAAAAUGUUGUUUUUAUACAUACUGAAAACAUAAAAUUGCAUGUUUAGGCA